AUGGAAGGCCUUUACAAAAAGAAGUUGAAGGCCACUACAGUUGACUCUCGAACACUGCAAUCAAAAUUUGUUGCAAAGUUUACCCUCAAUGUUAACAUCGUCUACAUCGUUUUGGGCAUCUUCGCUUAUGAAAGUAAUUUCUUUCUUUCAAAGAUCAAUAGCAUUGCAAGGAAAGCAGUUUCACCUUAUAAUAUUGUUGGAUUAAAUUUCAAGAAGCAUGAGGAAAGGGUAUCAAAAAUGACGAUUUCGUACGACGAAGACUCACCAUCAUUGAUGUGGCGAUGGCGUGGAUCAUUGUGGAAAGCUGUACUUAAGGAUCUCAUUGCUUUUUACAUAGCAUAUUAUUUGAUCCUUGCUCUCCAGUGGUAUGUGCUAGACGAGAAGCAAAAAGAGUACUUUAGCGGAUGGAUUCGUUGGUGUGAAAUUGGACUGCAGUACAUUCCACUAUCUUUUCUUCUCGGUUUCUUUGUCACAGUGAUCGUGGCGAGAUGGUGGGAGCAAUUCAACUAUAUCUCAUGGCCCGACAAAAUGAUGAUGAUGGUUUCCGCCUGCUUGCCCGGGAAAGAAAAUCUCGCCAUACGACAAACAAUCGCUAGAUGGUCCUCCUUGCAAGCAGCCAUUUCUUGGUCGGAAAUCUCACUGCGAACACGGAAAAGAUUCCCUGAAGAAAUACAUUUUGUAGAGUCAAAGCUGAUGACUAAGAAAGAAUACGACUUGUUUAAGAGUGUAGACGGCACGCACGGCAGAUGGUUUGUUCCAAUUAUGUGGACUGUUAAUCUUAUCAAAAAGCAAUAUGCGCUUGGGAAAAUCGAUAGCAUUCAAAUGGACAUGCUCUUACAACAGUUGUACAGCUAUCGACAUGGUUUUUUCAUGCUCUGGAUUUAUGACUGGGUGAAGAUCCCAUUAGUAUACGCUCAAGUAGUAGCCAUUGCAACUUAUGGCUAUUUCGUAAUUUGCUUGAUUGGUCGGCAACCAAAGCUUGAUCAGAAUUCUAUGGAAACGGAAAUUGCCAUACUUUUCCCCAUCUUCACAACAUUUCAAAUGUUGUUUUAUCUUGGAUGGUUGAAGGUCGGGCAAGUCUUGAUGAAUCCCUUCGGAGAAGACGAUGAUGACUUCGAGUUGAACUACGUACUGGACCGCAACACUUUCAUCGCCCGCAUGAUGGCGACUGAGAUUGCCGAUCAAUGUCCAAGUGUAGGUCCUCCCAUGGAAAAAUUCAUCCCUCAUACAAGAGCAUCAUUUAGAAUCCAGGAUGUCAUCCCCAAACCUCACCUAGAUCCGAACAAGCUGACUGAAGAAGAGAAGAAACUAAUUCUCCCGGAGGAUAUAAAAGAGAUCGAGAGGCUGCUGGAGCAUAAAAAAGGCCAUAUACAACGCUUUGGUGGACUAAUAAGGGCUCUGCAUGAGGCUAAAGGAAGUGUCAAGGAAAACGGAGAUAUAGAGGAACAGUGAUGGGUAUUUAUUUUUCACAAAAUGGUGGAUGACAACAAUAUAAUAAAUUUAUUUUUGACUGU